GCCUCUCAACCAAGCCUGCUCAGCCGCUCCCGCCGCCCAUUGGCCUGGCGGGUUAUGAAUAUGCAAAUGAAGGCCCGCGGUCACCCAGUUGCAAACGGACAAGAAAUUAAUAUUCGUGUUGCGGCGCGUCGAUUGGCUGUUGCGCGCUCCGCCCCGGCAGCGGGUUAGGCUGCCCCCUGGCGGCGGCAGGAAGGGGCGGGCGCGGCGCCGGGAGCCCGAGAUGGUGGGCGCCGGGGCGCGCGGGGCGCCGCUACUGCCGCCCUUGCUGCUACUGCUGCUGCCGCCGGUGCUGCGGGGCGCGGCGGGCGGCCUCGCCGACAGCGUCGUCUGGGCCGUCAAUGCGGGUGGCGAUGCCCAUGUGGACGUGAACGGCAUCCACUUCCGCAAGGACCCGCUCGAGGGCCGCGUGGGCCGAGCUUCUGACUAUGGUAUGAAGCUGCCAAUCUUGAGGUCCAAUGCAGAAGAUCAGAUUCUGUACCAGACUGAGCGUUACAACGAGGAAACCUUUGGCUACGAAGUCCCCAUCAAAGAAGAGGGUGACUAUGUGCUGGUAUUGAAGUUUGCAGAGGUCUAUUUUGCACAGUCUCAACAGAAGGUGUUUGAUGUUCGCUUGAAUGGCCACGUGGUGGUGAAGGACUUGGACAUUUUUGACAGAGUUGGACACAGCACAGCUCACGAUGAGAUCAUUCCCAUGAGUAUUAAAAAGGGGAAGCUGAGUGUCCAGGGAGAGGUUUCCACGUUCACAGGGAAGCUCCACAUUGAGUUUGUAAAGGGCUACUAUGACAAUCCAAAAAUCUGUGCCCUAUAUAUCCUGCAAGGAACAGUGGAAGAUGUUCCAAAGCUGCAGCCGCACCCAGGUCUGGAGAAAAAAGAGGAAGAUGAUGAUGAAGAUGAAUAUGAUGAUGGCUCAAGUGUUAAAAAACAGGCAAAUAAGAACCGGGUUCAGUCAGGCCCACGCACACCAAACCCCUAUGCCUCGGACAACAGCAGCCUCAUGUUUCCUAUAUUGGUGGCCUUUGGUGUCUUCAUUCCUACCCUCUUCUGCCUCUGCCGAUUGUGAGAGCAAGCCCCACAGAGCAUCAGCCGAGGGGCUGGGAGGGAAGGAGUUGGACCAAACACGGUUGCUUUUGAUUUCUCCAUAUUGUUCAUAAUUUAAGGAAAAAAAGAAAAAAAAAAUUCAUUUGGAAUGAAUAGCAGGUCCAGGUAAGAGGGAGCUUACCUUCCCCCUGCCAGCUAGCAGCGAGGCCCUCGCCUUCCCCUUCGCACCAUGUGCAGCCUCUGAUCCUCCCUGGGGCAUCCCAGAGUAAACUGAGCCCUGGCUGUCUGUACUGGGCUGUUGCAAGCUGAUGCUUCCAGUUCUGGGCCAUGUCCCAGACUGAGAGAAAGCCAUGUGCUGAAAGACCUCUGCCUUUGCUGGGUGGAAUACGGUUCCUUAAGGAGGGAAGCAGCUCCUAAAACCAGGCCUGAGUACACGUUUUGUUCAGGAGCGUGGAAGUGGUGUGGUGCUGUGGGGUGACUAACAACGGUGGAGGACAGAGCCUGGCUCAGCAUCUCCCUGAAUGUGUGCAACACGAUGUAUGGUACUCGCCUGCAGAAAGAUGCCAAGACUCCGGCUAGCGGCUCAGCCUCUGUGGAGAUGUUUCCCUCCUAAGACUGCAAGCUGUGCCAGGAGCAGAGGGAUUUAUCUGGCCUGAUUUGCUGCACCAGUUGGGAGAGACUUUCCUAGCUUGGCAAUUGUAAUGUUAGAUCCAUCGCAGAGGGAUUCUGCUGUAGCCUGUGAGAGGCUGACGUUAGCGUCUGAUCAGAUGCACUUGUAUUGAUUAUGGCUUUUGUUUCCUUUAUUAUCCUUUUCAAAGGUUUCAUUUUAAGCCCAGUCCCUUGUUUUGCCCUAUCAAGUGACCUCUCCUUCGAAAGAAGCUGAGAAAGAGGCGACCUAGAGAGGAGAUUCUGGCUUUGUUCCUUGACCUUCCUAACAGUUAGCUCCCUGCCCUGUAACUGUGAAGAACCUGUGCUGUAGGACAGUGGACCACCAUCAUGGAUGCUCCCUGUGAGCUCUCAUUUCCUUGCAGGGACCAGGGCUACCUGCAGUGGUGAGAAUUGCAGCGAGUUGUUCAGUGUCUUCUGGUAGCUCAGUCUUUUGCCCAUCACUGUAGUGAAGGGGCAGAUGUCCAACAUUUCAGUACUGUAGAGCAAGGUGAUUUGAUGCCCUCCAGAGAUUGGGAAGGGAGCAGAACACUGGAGACAAGGUCACCAGCUUCCCCCAGGGAUAUUUCUGCAAGAGGCUUCUGUUUCCCUGUGCAGAGCCUGUGCCUGCCUGACAGAGGCUGAGCAGGAGUGAAAGCCAUUCCUGUGCCUGCUGAUCCAGAGCUCCAGGCCCCAAGGAGCUGCCUUCCCAUGCUCUUGGCCUCUGAGACGUUGAGCACUUCCAGCUGGCAGGAGGGAGAUGUUCUGUGUGCUGGAGCAGGAUCUGUCCCAGGUGGGGUUGGAUCCUUGCAGGUCAGCUUCCAUGCUGGUGAGCUCCAGGCUCACAGAACGCUUCACCUUCUGCUGUCUCUGUUCUCUGCUUUGCCCAGAGCAGUGGCACUGAGUGGUGUCCUCAUUGCUGCUGCUCUUCCCUGAGCCUGAGUUUUCCUUGCAGUUGUUUCUGGGCUUGAUCCCCUGCAGUGGCUCAGCCCUUUGAGCUGAGAAGGGACAGCAGAAUUCCCUGCUUUGCAGAAAGGAAACUGGAGGAACAGCCCUCCUGCUCUGCUGGGCCCAAGCAGCUGAAGCCUUCACUUCCUCCUAACCCUCAAGCUGUGAUACAAGCUGUCAGCUCCCGAGCUCCAGAACAGGAGGUGUCUGAGCACUGCUCUCUGCAGCAGUGUCACUGAACCUUGCUCUUCUGAUUCGUACAUCACUGCUGUAAGCUUGACCCUAAUUCUGUGUCUCUGAGCUAAAAGGCAGGCGGUAGGACCUUAAUUACCUUCUCUCCAGUUGUACAAGUGGUACCAGCCAGUUUGGGAGAAGUAAGAGGGUCCCUGUCACGGUUGAAGGAGAAGACAGGCUUUAGAGAGAGCAGAUCUUAAGAACAAACCUUAGGAUGAAAAGGCUUUAAGCUUGAAGUUGUCUGCUUCAUCUUCUAGCUGCUGUUAAAAUCCUGGUAAGUAUAAAACUCACACAAAAUAGGAGCUUUGUUUUGUUUGGUGACAAUGCCUGCAGAGAUUCUCCAGUGUUUUGGGGAUUGCUGUAUCUGGAGCACAAGAGACAUUUAGAUCUUUAUCAGUUUUGAGAAGCAUGAGCUGUGCUGAUUUGUUAAGCAAAAAACCUGGACUUGAAAGCAAGCCUCUCUGUAAGGAGCUGUUAUCCUCCAGGCCUUUUAGGUUGCAUCUUAUUUGAGCAUCUUUGAAGCAAGGUAUCACUCAGCUUCUUGUGGCUCACCCAGUAAUCUCUGCACCUUUCCUGACGUGAGAAAAGGCGUAAAUUUGGGAGUGCAAAAGUCAGACAAGUUUUCUAGGGUAGUUUAUCCCUGCCUCUCCUGGCAGCCAGGGCACCCAUUUGGUGCCAUCAGCUGCCCUAAAGCAGUGCUCUGCAGAGUGUGCACUGUUGUGUUCCAGUUGCUCAGUUCAAAUGAAUUUGUCUUAUUUGAAUAAGAAUAGGGAGGGGGAAGAGUUCAGCCUUCAUGGCUUCAAUUUAGUUGUUUUGGCUCUGGUUUUAUGCAUCUCUGUCGGUACAAAGCUGGUGUUUGGGUGGUUCCUGACCCUCUUGUGGCGCUAUGGGCUGUUUUCCUUGUUGGUCCAUCCCCUCCCAACACAUUUGCCUCAAGGAGCCUUCAAACAAAGCAUGUGGAACAUGGGAGGAUGGUAGGGGAUAACUGCUCAGCACCUUGCUGAGAAUGGCAUCCUCCGGCCAACUCCCCUUGCAGUCUCUGUCUAGCAUCUGCAAGCCAGGCAGAUGGAUGUACAAUGAGGUACCUGGUCCUGGUAAAGGAAAGGUUUGGGUUGGCUGUAGUUUUCCAGUGCUUUGAGGGGAUACCCAAGGUGUGGUUUAAGUGAGCCUGUGUGUGCUUUGUUGCCUCCUGCCAGCAGCAGGGAGGUGAAGUGUGUGUCCCUGCGCAGCAGUGGGGAGCUGGCUCCGGACAGACCCUGGCUGGAUUCAUGGAGCAGUUGUGUAGAAAGGGGCAGAUAAGGCAAUUUUAAGGAUCAUGUUUUGGGACUGGAUACAACCUCAGUGUAGCGGUUCCAAAGCCUGUUUUCAUUACCCCCCAUCAGCCCCUCCUUUUGUAUCUUUAAGCCGGGCCAUUUUCUCCUUCUGUGUGUGUGACUGAAACAAGAUCUGUGACCCUUCUGAGCAUCCCAGGUGGCAGUGAGCAGAAAGCCAAGUGAAUUCCCUUCUCUUUUUGGUGCCUUUUGUCUCAGGCUUUGAAUAAAAGUCUAUUUGAAGAA